AUGUCGAGAGCCUACGAUAUGACCAUGAAGCUAUUGCUAGUGGGAGAUUCCGGUGUUGGAAAAUCCUGUCUCCUAUUGAGAUUUGUCGAGGAUAAAUUCACCCAGUCGUUCAUCACGACCAUCGGUAUAGACUUCAAAAUCAGAACCAUUGAGAUUGGUGACAAGAAGAUCAAGCUCCAGGUAUGGGAUACCGCCGGACAGGAACGUUUCCGCACGAUCACGAUGGCGUACUACCGUGGUGCUAUGGGAAUCAUCAUAGUGUACGACGUUGGUGAUGAGAACUCCUUUAACAGCGUCAAAAAGUGGUAUCAGACCGUGAACCAGCAUGCCAAUGACGAUGCCCAGCUGAUUCUUGUGGGAAAUAAGUGCGAUGACGACUCCGCCAGACAGGUGUCGAAGAAACAAGGAGAGCUUGUUGCUCAAGAGCUCGGGGUUCCAUUUUUGGAAGCCAGUGCAAAGACUAACGAGAAUGUUGACGCUGUGUUCUUUCAACUGGCCCAACUGAUUCUGGAAAAAACUAACGUGGCCCAGCUCGCGCAAAAGGAGAACAACCUUGAUGUUACUCAGGGUAACAAAUCGUCCAGUAGUGGAUGCUGCUAA